AUGUAUGCAUUAUUUUUAAAAUUUUAUUUUCUUGAAAGGAUUGUCUUCUGUGAUAUUUAUUGUACAUUAAUUGUUCUUGUUGUAAUUCAAUAUUUGCAGUCCAAGGAUGAUUCUGAUGAUAGUUCUCAUGAGAGUGAUGAAGAGCCUGCACUAAAGAAGCCUAAGGAUUCAUCUUCUGGUGGUGCCAAGCCAGUCUCUAAGGUCGCCAAGAAAGAAAGCAGUGGUGAUGAUGACAGUUCUGAAGAGAGCUCCAGCAGUGAUGAUGAAAACGAUCAAUCAAUGUCAAUGGCAAAGUCCAAGCAGAACGAAUUCGGUGUGCUGAUCAGCUGCCUUCUUCGGUUCGUGCUUCUGGUCGAUCUGUUCCAAGUCGCUCUGAAUAUAUUCCUGUUUUGGAUCCUAAUGAAGCGCACCGGUGUCGGCAUGAGAUUCGACGUGGGAAGCAUCCUAUUUAUUUAUACAACCACGGUCCAUUGGCUGGAGUCGAGGAAAUUCUCAAGCAUAAAACGGCAUCUUCUUACACAGCAUGAUCUUAAAGAAGUUGGUAUUGAAUUUAUGGAUUUGUAUAGCUACCUGAUCCCGGAUGAAGUCGAAGCGGCACGGAUGGCAGCAAUCAACAAGGAAAUUAAACGUGUGUUGACAGAAGUUCUUCUGAAGGUUUCUGAUGAUCUUUUUAAUGAGAUCGCAACCAAAGUUAUGAAUGAAGAUGAUUCAUCAGCUGAACCAAAUGAGAUCACUGGUGUCUCUAGCUCAAAGGAGCUUGGUCUGGGAGAAUCAGAAGUCAAGACCACAGCUGUACUGGUCGUUCUGAUGAUACUGGGCUAA